AUGCCGAUCAACAUUCGCAGAGCGACAAUCAAUGACAUUAUUUGUAUGCAAAAUGCCAACCUUCAUAACCUGCCCGAGAAUUAUAUGAUGAAAUAUUAUAUGUAUCAUAUUCUUUCUUGGCCAGAAACUUCCUUUGUUGCUACAACUACGACUUUAGAUUGUGAUGGCGCAGAUGAACAAGAUGAGGAAGAUAAGUUGGAAUUGACCCUGGAUGGGACCAAUGAUGGCAGAACCAUCAAAUUGGAUCCAACAUACCUGGCUCCUGGCGAAAAAUUGGUAGGCUACGUUUUAGUAAAGAUGAAUGAUGACCCAGACCAGCAAAAUGAACCUCCAAAUGGUCACAUCACGUCUUUAAGUGUCAUGAGAACAUAUAGAAGAAUGGGAAUUGCUGAAAAUUUAAUGAGACAAGCCUUAUUUGCAUUGAGAGAAGUACACCAAGCGGAAUACGUAUCAUUGCACGUGAGACAAUCCAACAGAGCUGCUUUACAUUUAUAUAGAGACACAUUGGCCUUUGAGGUGUUGAGCAUUGAAAAAAGUUACUACCAAGAUGGUGAAGAUGCAUACGCUAUGAAAAAAGUAUUAAAAUUAGAAGAGUUGCAAAUAAGCAAUUUCACUCACCGCCGCUUGAAAGAAAAUGAAGAAAAACUGGAAGACGACUUAGAAAGUGACUUGCUAGAAGAUAUCAUAAAACAAGGUAUAAAUGAUAUUGUUGUAUAA